GCAUCGUAAAAAUUAAAUGUUAUGGUUCAUGAAUUAUGGCCCAUUUUAUUUGUUGUGUUAAUUUAUUAUUGUGAUACAGCACACCUCUUCAUGUAUUUAUUUCACACUGAUACAGCACACCUCUUCCUGUGUUGAUUUCACACUGAUACAGCACACCUCUAUGUGUGUAUUUCACACUGAUACUGCACCUCUUCCUGUGUUUAUUUCAGUCUCUCCUGCUCACUCUGAUGAAGCUGAAGAAGGAUGUGAAGUUGAAACUGUUUCAGAGCCAUCUGAGUCAGGAUUGCCCGGAAUGCUGUCUUGACGAUCAGUUUAUGAAGUUUAUUAAUGAAUUGUUCGACAUUUGUGAAGUUGAAGAUUACCCUGAAUGCAUUGAGAGAGCGCAGGAGGAUCCUGAGGCUGUGUGCGUAGUUGAGAAGUUGCUGGAGACCUGUGGCAGUGAGGGGUCUCUGCAGAUCACACUCCACAUCCUGAGGAAGAUGAAGCAGAAGGAUCUCCCUGAGCACAAGUCCAUAAAAAGAGCCCAGCAGGCAGUGAAAACUCAUCUGAAGAGGAAGUUUGAAUGCAUAUUUGAAGGUUUAGCAAAGCAGACAACCCUCCUCAAUGAGAUCUAUACAGAGCUCUACAUCACAGAGGGAGGAAGUGGGGAGGUCAAUAAUGAACACGAAGUCAGACAGAUUGAGACAGCAUCUAAGAGACGAACCACACAGGAGACUGCAAUCCUCUGCAAUGACAUCUUUAGGCCUUCACCUGGACAAGAGAAACCUAUCAAAACUGUGCUUACAAAGGGCAUUGCUGGCUUUGGGAAAACUGUCUCUGUGCAGAAGUUCAUUCUGGACUGGGCAGAAGGAAAAGCCAAUCAGGACAUUGAUUUCAUCUUCACUCUUCCUUUCCAAGAUCUGAAUCUGCAGGAGAAAAGAGAAUUCAGUCUGAUGCAGCUUCUGCAGCACUACUUUCCACAGCUGAAAGAGAUGAAAAGUGUUAACGGUGAUGUAGUCAAAGUUGUAUUUAUCUUUGAUGGACUGGAUGAGUGUCGACUUCCUCUAAAUUUCCAAAGUAGUAAGUACUGCUCCGAUAUAACAGAGUCAUCAUCAGUGGAUGUGCUGCUGACCAACCUCAUUAAGGGGAAUCUGCUUCCCUCUGCUCUCCUCUGGAUCACCUCCCGACCAGCAGCAGCCAAUCAGAUCCCUCCUGAGUGCGUCCACCAGGUGACAGAGGUACGAGGGUUCAAUGACCCGCAGAAAGAGGAGUACUUCAAGAAGAGAAUCAGAGAUCAGAACCAGGCCAACAGAAUUAUCUCACACAUAAAGUCAUCCAGGAGCCUCUACAUCAUGUGUCACAUACCAGCCUUCUGCUGGAUUUCUGCUACUGUUCUGGAGACAAUGUUGGGUAAAACAGAGAGUGGAGAUCUGCCCAAAACUCUGACUGAAUUGUACACACGCUUUCUGCUCAUUCAGACUAAUGUGAAGAAUCAGAAAUAUCAUGGCACUGAUGAGACAGACACAAAGAAGAUGUCAGCAUCAGAUACAGAAAUCAUCCUGAAACUGGGGCAGCUGGCUUUUCUACAGCUGGAAAAGGGCAAUCUGAUAUUCUAUGAAAGGGACCUGAGAGAGAGUGGCAUUGAUGUCAGUGAAGCUUCAGUGUACUCUGGGGUGUGCACAGAGAUCUUUAAGGAGGAGUGUGGGUUGGGUCAGGAGAAGGUCUACUGCUUUGUGCAUCUGAGCAUUCAGGAGUAUCUGGCUGCCUUGUUUGUAUUGCAAUCAUGUGUAAAUGAGAACAGAAAUGUACUCAGAGCAGAAGAAUCAAAACCUCACAGUGACAGAGUGCAGCUGUCUGAGUUACACAUGAGUGCUGUGGAUCAGGCCUUAUUGAGUAGGAAUGGACACCUGGACCUUUUCCUCCGAUUCCUUCUCGGCCUCUCUCUGGACUCCAUUCAGACUCUCUUAGGAGGACUACUGACAGAGACAGGAAGCAGAUCAGAGAGCAUUAAGAAAACAGUCCAGUACAUUAAGGAGAGGAUCAGAGAGGAAUCUUCAGCAGAGAGGAUCAUCAAUCUGUUCCACUGUCUCAAUGAACUGAAUGAUAACUCUCUAGUGCAGGAAAUCCAGAAUUCCCUGAAAUCAGGAAAACUUUCUGAUAAAGAGCUGGAACCAGACCAGUGUUCAGCUCUGGCCUUUGUGUUACUGAUGUCGAAGGAGAUCCUGGAUGAGUUUGACUUGAUGACAUACAACACAUCAGCAGAAGGUCAUCAGAGACUGGUACCAGUAGUCAGGCACUGCAGGAAGGCCAUACUGAACAGCUGUGACCUCACAGAGAAGUCCUGUGAUAUUGUGGCCUCAGCUCUCCAGUCAUCAAACUCACCCCUGAGAGAUCUGGACCUCAGCUACAAUAACCUGGGAGAUUCAGGAGUGGAGCUCCUCUGUGCUGGAAUGAUGAGUCCAAACUGUAAACUGCAGAGAAUGGGGUGAGUAGUGCUGUGUACUGUGUGACUUUAAUGAAAAAGAAUUUGUGAGUAUGGUUGUGUAUGAGUAUGUCUGAAUUUUUCUCGCAAGGAAGAAAACAAAUUUACUGUUGCAUUUUCAAAGCCUUAAUGAUUGUGUGAAUACGAGUUUGCAUAUAAGCGUAUUGACUGGGGUAUGCUCAUACACUACAUUUCCGAAAGUAUGUGGACACCUGAACAUCACACCCUUGCUGAACAUCUCAUUCCAAAACCAUGGGCAUUAAUAUGGAGUUGGACUCCCCUUUGCUUCUGUAACUGCCUCCACUCUUCUGGGAAGGCUUUCCAGUAGAUUUUGGAACAUGGGUGUGUGGAUUUGCUUCCAUUCAGCUGCAAGAGCAUUAAUGAGGUUGGGCACUGAUGUUUGGCUGAAGGCUUUCUAAUUCACCCAAAGGUGUUUGAUGGGGUUGAGGUAAGGGCUCUGUGCCAGCCAGACAAACUCUUCCCCACCAAACUCAGCAAACCAUUUCUUUAUGUGCCUUGCUUUGUGCACUGGAACAGUGUCAUGCUGAAACAGGAAAUGGCCUUCCCCAAGCUGUUGCCACAAAGUUGAAGCGCACAAUUCUCUUGAAUGUCAUUAUAUGCUGUAGCAUUAAGAUUUCCCUUCAGAGGAACUAAGGGGUCUAGCCCAAACCAUGAAAAACAGCCCCAGACCAUGAUUCUUCCUCCUCUGUACUUUUACAGUUGGCAUUAUUCGGGCUAGUACAGUUGGCACUAUGCAUUCCACCAAACCCAGAUUCGUCAGUCAGACUGCCAGAUAGAGAAGCGUGAUUCACCACUCCAGAGAACGCGUUUCCACUGCUCCAGAGUCCAAUGGUAGUCUAUUUUACACCACUCCAGCAA